GUAUUUUACGGGAGACCUGCUGCUGUUUUAUCCAAGUGUCCCGGCCCGCACUCCGGGAACUCUAAAAACACAGUUCCGCUGCUUCCGUCUUCUGGCUGCUCUCUCUUUGGAUUGCCUUCCCGUGCUGUUGACGCUUUCAUAGUUUUCUUUUUGCUCAUCGUCCUCCCUGUGCAACUUAUGCCAAGUUUAACUUGGGCUCUGCCACUGUACAAACCUUGUGCCCCGACAGUUACCAUUUUGAGCUAGUGUGCUGAGAUUGUUGUAGGACUUUUGGCUUUGGCUUUGGGUAGGUGUAUGCCAGCUCUGGAUGUUAUUGCUAAGCACACUCUAAUGCUAUGCUAUGUCUGCCACUGCUUUUCUUUUAGGGCCACACCAGGAGGAGGCUGCUUCCCUAGCUCCGCCAGCUCCAGCAGUGUCUGUGCCAGCGGUAGUACUGCACGAGCCAGCGGUAAUAUUGCACGAGCCUUUGCCACCUGUGCCCGAACAAAGGCUGGAAAAUGUCCAUCCGGUCGUGGAACCGAAGCUGUUUGAAGUGAUUGAUGGCCAGGUGCACCUUAGCCCAGGUGUCUCCAUACCGGAGCCAAAAUUCAACUUGGCGCUAUUGGCCAAAACUGACUCAAAAUGUGUUAUUGGAUUGCCAAAAAAGAAGUGA